UCAAACUCAUACUAACCUACGCCAAUAUUCUUAUCCACCACACCUCUUAUUUUAAGCUCAAAAAUUUCACUAACCCUUAGUUAUUUUUAUUUCUUAUGCUCCGUAUUAAAAAUGUUAAACCUUUUGAUCUGACGUUUAAAAGCAGGUUUCUUUCUAUUUCAAGAUAAAAACUUUACUCAUUGAGUCUCGUUUAGUAGUUGAAAAUUUCCCUUCUUGGCUCAAAUCUUUUCUUAAUCGAAUUCUUGAGGGAAAUUUCCGAUCUGGGCUUUCGUGUCUUUGUUCUGUUUGAUUGGUAAUAAAAAGAAGAUUUUUUUUUUACUUUUCCAUGGCUGGGAGUGAAGAAGUUAAUCUUAUUGAGAGCAAGACAGUGGUGCCUCUCAAUACAUGGGUUUUGAUAUCCAACUUUAAGCUAGCCUACAAUCUCCUGCGCCGCCCUGACGGAACUUUUAACCGCCAUCUUGCAGAGUUUCUAGACCGGAAAGUCCCUGCAAACGCCAACCCUGUUAAUGGGGUCUUCUCGUUCGAUGUUAUCAUCGAUCGCCAAACCAAUCUGCUUAGCCGAGUAUACAGACCGGCUAAUGCUGGUCCCCCACCAAGUGUUACCGAUCUUCAGAAUCCCGUUGAUGGUGAAAUAGUGCCUGUUAUUGUCUUCUUCCAUGGUGGAAGCUUUGCACAUUCUUCUGCAAACAGUGCUAUUUAUGAUACUCUUUGCCGUAGGCUUGUUGGUUUGUGUGGUGCUGUUGUUGUCUCUGUGAACUAUCGUCGUGCACCAGAGAAUCGAUACCCUUGUGCUUAUGAUGAUGGCUGGGCUGUUUUGAAUUGGGUCAACUCUAGUUCUUGGCUUAAAAGCAAGAAAGACUCAAAGGUUCAUAUUUUCUUGGUGGGUGAUAGCUCUGGGGGUAACAUUGUGCAUAAUGUUGCACUAAGAGCAGUUGAGUCGGGGAUCAAUGUUUUGGGGAACAUUUUGCUUAACCCUAUGUUUGGAGGGACCGAGAGAACGGAAUCUGAGAAACGUUUGGAUGGGAAAUACUUUGUGACGGUUAGAGACCGAGAUUGGUAUUGGAGAGCGUUUCUUCCGGAGGGUGAAGACAGAGAGCAUCCAGCGUGUAGCCCGUUUGGCCCGAGAAGCAAGAGUUUAGAAGGGUUGAGUUUCCCCAAGAGUCUGGUCGUUGUAGCGGGUUUAGAUUUGAUUCAAGAUUGGCAAUUGAAGUAUGCAGAAGGACUCAAGAAAGCGGGUCAAGAUGUGAAGCUUCUCUACUUGGAGCAAGCCACCAUUGGCUUCUACUUAUUACCUAACAACAAUCAUUUCCACACCGUUAUGGACGAGAUAGCUGCAUUUGUAAACGCAGAAUGCCAAUGAAAACGCUCUUUUCCCUCACCGUAAUCUCUUCACUAACAAACGGGUGAAAUCCACCACGGAAGGUGAAAGCCCGAGAUUCUCGUUUUAGAAGGUCUUUGUAGUCAGUCAAAAGAAUGGCGUUCAACUACUACCACGGUGGUGGUGGCUGCGUCCGCGUUUGUGAACCGUCCUAAGCUGGAUUCUGAAAGCAAAGCAGGAAGAAGAACAGUGUGGUCGGUAAUGUUUGGCUUUUUAGCUUUAGCCUUUGACUAUAACUAGAGCUGAGUUUUUUCAGCUUGCGGUUGAUAGUAACUUUGGUUAUGUUUCUAUUAUGAUAUUUUCGGUAAAUAUCUAUCUAGUACAUAUACAUACAUCAGCAAUAUGUUUAAUUAUAAGUGUUUUUUUUUUCUUAUUUUUUUAGUGUAAUAUAAGUUGUUGUAACUUGAGCAAUGUGAUGUUGUGUUUGCUUA